UCUCACACACACACACACACACGUGCACGCGCACGCGCACGCGGAUCAUCUGAUGACGUGGUGCCAUUGGCUUCGCUCAGCGGCGCGAGAGGAUGGCGGACCAGAGCAGGCAAAUCAAACUCGCUGCAGCCAAGAAAAAGCUGAAGGAGUUUCAGCAGAAGACGACCCCAUCCACAGGAAGUGCUGGACCAAAGAAGAAGAGGAAGGUUAAAGCAGGCGAUCAGCUGGACGCAGCUGCAGACAGACACUUGCCGGACAAUAUUGAGAGUAUUCUCAGAGUUUCUCUGACUAAUGGAGUGUCUCAGCCUCACAGUCAGGAUGAUGUGGAUGCUGUGAGCCGGGUCUCGCAGGAGCUGGAGGAGACCAGCGCUGAAGCCGUCUCUAACCCUGCUUCUGCUGUUAACUCUGAUAACGCUGAUAACGGCCUGCAGCAGAAGUACACAGCAGAUACAAACGGCGAUGAACAUCCUCUGGAAGAGAACAGGCCGCUGUCCUCCACCGAGAGCCUGAGACAGAUUUCCCAGCAGCUCAACGGACUGCUGUCUGACUCAACAACAUACAUCAAUGGAGACAGCUGUCCGCCGACGCACAGCGAGAAGGAACUGGAGACUCGUCACCAGGAUCUGGCAGCGGCUCUGGACUCCAGCGCGCUCACAAACGCUCAGCUCUCGUCCAGACUCGAGACACUGACGAAGCAGUCUCAGGAGCUUUCUGAUCAACUACAGAAGGAGCGGAAAGAGUUUGAGCAGAAGUUCAGUAAGGAGCAGGGAGCGAUGCGUGAACAGCUACAGGUUCACAUUCAGACCAUCGGCAUCCUGGUGUCUGAGAAAUCAGAGCUACAGACGGCUCUGUCUUACACACAGCAGGCAGCGCGACACAAGACCGCGGAGGCAGAGGAUCUGAGCUCGCGGCUGCAGGCCAGUAAACAGAGAGUGUCUGAGCUGGAGAGGACUCUGUCUUCAGUCUCCUCACAGCAGAAGCAGUUCGAGAAGCAUAACAGAGAGCUUGAGAAGGAGCGAGACAGUCUACGAUUAGAGGUCCUGAGGUUCAGUAAUGUGAGCGAGGAGACCAGGCAGCAGAGCUCAGAGCUGUCCGAGCAGCUCAAGCUGAGAGUAAAUGAGAACAGCGCUUUGAAGCAGGAGGUGGAUGAGCUCCGUAAGCGGCUGGAGAUGGCUGACAGCAUGCUGCAGCAGUUCUCCGGUCAGUCGGGUUCUCCGUCUGAGCAGCAGCAGGUCCAGCUCCUUCUGGAAGAGAAGCACCAGUUAGAGGCUCACGCGGCUCAGCUGAUGGAGUCGGUGGCUCAGCUGCAGGUGGAGAGAGAUCAGUACGCUGCACAGAUACAGGAGGAGGGACGCGUGUGGAAGGACAAAACAGAGCAGCUUCUGUCUCAGGUGCGUCUGAUGUCAGAGGAGCGUGACAGCACUGCUGCUCAGAUUCAGGAGCUUCAGGAGAAGAUCACAGAGCUGGAGAACGCUGCAGCUGUGAUGAGUAAAGAGCAGGAGCUGCAGGCCGUGUCACAGGCCUCAGGCCCUUCAGAGAGUGAACUGGUUCUUCAGGAAACCAUCCGCAGUCUUCAGGAGGAGAGAGACGCUCUCGGUCUGCAGUACCAGGCUCAGGUGCGAGACAACGAGCAGCUGAGCCGACUGGUGCAGGAACAGGAAGUGAGGCUGGAGGAACUGGAGAGACAGGCAGAACGCGCCGCUGAAGAGGCUCAGGAUCGACUGCAGAUUCUGGAGGACGUCCAGAGCGACAAGGCCACCAUCAGCAGAGCCCUGGCCCAGAACCGAGACCUCAAACACCAGCUGGCCGAGCUGCAGAACGGCUUCGUCAAGCUGACCAAUGAGAACAUGGAGCUGACCAGCGCUCUGCAGUCCGAGCAGCACAUCAAGAAGGAGAUCGCUCGUAAGAUCGGUCAGCUGCAGGAAGAUCUGCACAAUGCCAAAGAACAGCUGCAGGAGAAGUGUGGAGAGCUGGUGUCUGUGCAGGAGCAGAGGGAUCAGUGUCUGGCUCAGCUGCAGCAGUACAGCGCUGGUUACCAGCAGCUGGUGACGGAGCGAGAGCAUCUGCACCAUCAGUUCCUGCAGCAGACGCAGCUGAUGGACCGACUGCAGCACGACGAGGUGCAGGGCAAAGUGCAGCUGGAGCAGAGUCACGUGCAGCUGCAGGAGGCGCAGGAGAAACUGAAGCAGCUGGCCAGAGAUAACGAGGAGCUGAAGACGGAGGUGCAGGAGCUGCUGAACACCUCACACAGAGACCACGGUGAUGGCGUGGAAAGUCAUUCUCUCCCGGAGAGCUUCCAGAAGUCACACAUCGUCAUCCCAGAAGACUUUGAGAGCAGAGAAGAGAUGGAGGAGUUCAUUCACUCUGCUGUGUCUCGUCUGGAGGAAGAGCGAGAUGAGAUGAGCCGCCGGUUCGAGGAGGAGAGGAGACUUCAUCACACUCUCCGACAGCAGAUGAGCCACGAGCAGCAUCAUCAGCAUCAUCACAGCACAGGUGCAGCUAUACACUCAGGCUCUGACGGGGUCUCGGUGGAGGUGCACGAGGCUCUGCGGGGGGCCAUGGAGAAACUCCAGGAGCGUUUCACAGCACUGAUGCAGGAGAAGGUGGAUCUGAGGGAGAGACUGGAGGAGCUGGAGCACCGCUGCAUUCAGCUGUCAGGAGAAACAGACACCAUUGGUGAAUACAUCGCGCUGUAUCAGAACCAGAGAGCCAUCAUGAAACAAAGACACUUUGAGAAAGAGCAGUACAUCAACCUGCUGGCCAAAGACAAGGAGGAGAUGAAGGCGAAGCUCGCGGAGCUGCAGGAUCUGGUCAUGCGUCUGGUGGGCGAGCGGAAUGAGUGGUACAGCAGAUACAUGAGCGCCGUCAGUAACCCUGACCUCCUGUCCUCUGGAGGAGAACACGUCCAUCCUGCUGACGGACACACGGAUAGCCCAGCCGUUCUGGACCUGAGCGCAGCGGAGGAGGCGUCUACAGCGUCUCAGUCCAGCUCAGACCCACACACUCAAUCCCAGAGUUCAGAGAGACCAGGAUCUGCUCCGGACGGCCCGUCCCUGAGACCCACAGAGGACGGCACGGCCCGCCAGAUCAUGCAGCUCCUGCAGGAGAUCCAGAACCCUCAGGCCAGACCCGCUCCCUUCCUGGGAGAGAACCCCUGCAUCCCCUUCUUCUACCGGCCGGACGAACAAGACGAGGUCAAGAUCCUGGUGGUCUGACAGCGCCCGUCUCUGUUUGAUGAUACAGACAUGUAUCAAAUGGAAUUCCCUAAUAGUUUCUCUGGUUUUUCCAGCGAAUCAGAGAUACUUGAUGACUUCUGAAGCUCUCCGGCUCCGCUUGGUUUGUCUGUAAACCAGUUAAUCCAUCAGAAUAUCAGUUUCUGCUGCUCUGUGUCUUGUCCCGCUCUCAUUUGUCCUUUUUCACGUCAUCAAGUGCGUGCAAUAGACAGCUGACAGAUCAGUGAUUCACAUCGGUAUGAUUCAGUAAUGAACUCACACACUAACUAGGGUACAGUAAUGAGUAGUAUUGAUAUGAUAAAGCAGGUCUGGACUGAGAUGAGGAAGUGUUUUCUGAGAAAAUCAGACAAUGAUCGGAAAUGAAUCGGAACUAC